CCUGACGUCGUCGAACAGUCCGGGGUCUGAUGGUCCGAUCCGAACAUCGUAUUCUCCAGAAAUGGAUGCUGUCAGAAAAGCAUGGGUUGACACUUCAAUGCCUUGAAGUAUGAAAUGUCUGAGAAUGCAUUUACGGGAUCUUCAAUUGGUGGUUUUGUGAACAAUUCGACAGUCAAUGGGGUUGCGAAGGAGCGGAGCUAUGCGGCAAAUGCUUACUUCAAACCCGCGCAAAAUCGGUCCGACAUUCAUCUCGUUACUAAUUCUCUAGUUGAGAAAAUCAUCCUCAACAAAGAAUCUGGGGAGGCCGUUGCCAAAGGUGUGAAAGUUACUAUCAAGGGUGUUGAACAUAUCUUUCAAGCCGGGAAGGAGGUUAUCGUCGCAGCCCGUGCUUUGAAUUCUCCAAAAAUUCUGGAACUUUCAGGAAUUGGUGAAGCUGAACUUCUUCGCUCGCUUGGAGUCGAUAUAUAUGUUGAGAACUCUAGCGUAGGAGAAAAUUUCUAAGAUCUUACAUCUAACGGAAUGAGCUUCGAGGUAGUUGACGAAAUCGAGACACUGGAUUCUCUCAAACUUCAAGAACCAGAAGCAAUCGCAGCCGCCAUGUCCGCAUAUCAAACUGAAAAAGCUGGACCUUUUGCUAGUGAGGCAAUAUCGUCUUUAGCUUACAUGCCCGUUCCAGACUUCCAGACACCCAAAGGCAAAGAUGCUUUAGCUAUCUUGAUUAUUCAUAUUUGUGUACCCUGCAAGUAGACGACAGUAUACCUUUAGACAGAUGGAUGGAUAGCCGGUUACCUUCUGGAAUCGGAUGUAAUUUUCACAUCGUAAAUAUAAGAUCUCCUGCUCUAAA